AUGGCCAAUCUCACAAUGAUAACAGAAUUCCUCCUUAUGAACUUUUUUAACGCUUGGCAGCUGCAGAUCUUACAUGCCAUAUUCUUCUUGCUGAUCUACCUGGUGGCUCUGAUGGGGAAUCUGCUCAUCUUCACUCUAAUCUCUCUAGAUGAGCACCUCCACACUCCCAUGUAUUUCCUUAAGAACUUGUCCCUUUUGGAUCUCUGCUUCAUUUCUGUUACUGUCCCCAAAUCGAUUGCAAACUCAUUAAGCCACAAUUCUUCUAUCUCUUACUUGGGGUGUGUAUUGCAACUCUUUUUAGUAAUUUUAUUUUCAGGGUCAGAGAUUUUUCUUCUCACAGCAAUGUCCUAUGACCGCUAUGUGGCCAUCUGUCAGCCCCUGCACUAUGAAGUCAUCAUGAGCAGAGAGGCUUGUUUGAGGAUGGCAGAUGUUUCCUGGCUUGCUGGAAGUGUGUUUGGUGUCAUGUACUCAACUACUACCUUCUCUUUGCCCUUCUGUGGCUCCAAGGAGAUCCAUCAGUUCUUUUGUGAUGUCCCUUCCUUAGUCAAGAUCUCGUGCUCUGAGACACACAUGGCAAUUUAUUUGACAAUGGCUUUUGCAUUUGGUUUAGGAAUAUUCUGCUGUAUUUCCAUAACUGUGUCUUAUGGUCACACCUUCUCAACUGUACUGAAGAUUCCAACUACAGAGGCUCGGGCAAAAGCCUUUUCCACUUGCCUGCCCCACCUCAUUGUUCUCAUGGUUUUUGCAACAAGUGCGAUCGUGGCCUAUAUAAAGCCACCUUCAUACUCUGACUCAGUUGUGGACCUAUUAUUGUCUAUGUUCUAUGCAGUGGUGCCCCCAACCCUGAACCCUAUCAUCUACAGCUUAAGGAAUAAGGACAUCAAGACUUCUCUAAGGAAACUAAUAGCUUGGAAACAUUUUUUAAAGGGUUCAAUGCCAAAGUCUUUUCUAUGA